UUACGUACCUUUCAUCUUUGUAAACUGUCAACACAAAUCUGGUCGAUGCCACUGAUGAGAAACCUAUACUGUUUAGUUUUGACGGGUUCGGUGCAAAAUCCAUAUGUAUACGACCUCUGACCUGGCCGAGCAACCCUCCCUGUAUGAGGAUACAGAUACUGGGAUGCCUGGCAGAUUUAGAUACUGUUGAUGUCCCACAAGAACCCACACAAGCAGUGACUGAGGCUGAGGGAACAGUGGCAGAGGGAACAGUGGCAGAGGGAAUAACGGUUGAAGGAACAGUGCUUGCUACAGCAUUACCCAUUGCCUUGGUAACAAUACUAGUGGUGGCUGUGAUAGCCAUCAUUAGCGUCACCUGUUGCUACUACUUCAGCCGCAAAAACAGAGGAAUGAAGGCAAUGAACAUGCCCGAAAUGAAUGAGGAUCAAACUAUAAAACAUGUGAAGAAUGACCUAUAUCACACUUCCACGAAUAGGCGUUUUGCUGAUUCCACUAACUCAACUGCCUACAUGAUAAGCAGAAGCCCCCAGCCGUACGAAGUAGCCAGGACAGGUAACCAAGCAGAAGAAAACAAUGAAACAGGGACAGCUUCGUAUGAGACGGUUAAUUUGGAAGUAAUGGCUGAGAGAAAUCGAGCACCUACAAAACUUGAAUCCAACAAGACAGAGGAAGGUUACGAAACAGUGGGCUUUGAAACAGAGAGUGACAACACAGGGAAGGUUACUUUACCAGUGUAUGCAACGGUUACUGUAGAGGACGCCCACGCAGUAGGGGAGGGGGCGGAGACAAACGUUACUUAUUCAAGCGUUCAGAAUUCCCAGGAGAAUGGAUACUUGAACAUGCCACCCAAAACACGUUCCCAACUGCAGGAGGAGCUUGGAAUUACUGAAUCGUACGGACCUGAACGAUUUCAAGUGUAGCUAAAACUUAUAGAAGUGUGUGUUUUUAUUUGAUAAUCUAUGAAGGUGCUAACUUUGGAA